AUGCACGUGCAGCAUCGUGCAGCAGAGGUACGCACAGCUUGUUCGGCACAGCCGUCAUUUGCAACUUACGCGGUUCGUGUGGUGUGUGUCGAUGAGGAUGGUGGCAGAGUUCUGCACACAUUCCAGCAAGGUGGAUUUGAUGCACAGGAGACGUUUGACACCAGCAUUAGAUGUCAUCGAUGCGAAACAGGUGAUUCCAUCAAGGUACCCCAAUUGGCUGCCACAAGCUCCGGUGCACAAUCUGCAGGCCUCUCAGCUUCUCAAGAAGCUCUCCAAGAGCGCUGGGUCGCAUCGCAGAAGCUAAGCAGCCUUGAGAAGGAGGUGCGCUUGCUGACAAACAACGAGAUGCAGAUGAAGCAGGAGAUCGAGGACCUGCAGGCCAGGCUGAAUCGCUCUGAGUCCCGGGCGCUCCGCGGAUCAGAGAAUCAGAAGGAAGGUGGCGGCAUCAAAUCACGAAGCGCUGCCGAAGCACACUCUGCCCCCAGCGCACACCCGAAUCAGCAGAGCCACUUCCCACCACAUGCUACCAGCGAACCCGGUGCACGGGCCACGGUGGCAAGCCCCGGCAGUGGAAGUGCGGUGGAGCCAUCAGUGGCGACAGUGACAGCGGCCUUCUCUUCAUCUGUUCCACUGCCAGCAGUGGCAGCGUCGGCUCUGCAAGAUUCCACAAUAGCGGUGUCCGCAGAGCAUGCAGCGCAGGAGGCGGAGAAGGCAGCGGCAGAGGCAGAACUGGAGGCCCAGGGUGUACCGUCUGCGGCUUUGCAGCCAGCCCCGGCUGCGACGGUCGCAGGAAGUGGCCAAAGUGGCCAGGAAGAUCUGGAGGAUGAAAAGCUCGUAAGCUUGCUGGACGAUGCGGAUGCAGGUGACACGUAA